AUGGAAGUGGACGACCCAAGGCAAGGCCAAGGCCAUGACCAGGGCCUUAGUGGUAUCAAGACCAAGAAGAGUACCAUCACAACGACAACUACAACUCAACAUAUCCGCUCUCACUCUUCUCAUCCACAGCAAGAGGCUCCUCUGUAUGUUCCAAAGGUGUCUCUUAACCCUAGCACCUCUCUGCCACUGUUGGCGUGCAGACUCAUGCCUCAACCAAAGUGUUCAGAGGUGACAAGAAACACCCCUCGACCAAGAAAUAUUGAGACAUACGCUCUGGAUGUUCAGGAGGUUCUGGUAAUGGAGGAUCUGCUUAAUGUUCUUAUGGGCCACGAAGGUGUAUACAUCAACUACAGUGACUCUUACAACCCCCGACUUGAGCUCGAUCGACUCAAAGGUCCUGAUUACAGAACUGCCAGAGGGUUGGAUCCCUCUUUCAAGGAUUUUACACGAGCGUGCAUCAAGAUCGCGAGCACAUACGUGUCAUUGUCGGCUUUUGUUGACAAAAUGACCCGCGACAGAAGAGGAUUGGUCAAUGGUGCCCUGGCAGCCUCUAUCCGGAAGCUGCUCAAGGAGUACGUCAAGCUGGCACAAGGACUUGAAUAUUCCCUCAGAUUUGAAUCCGGCUUGACACUUCACAAGUUCCAUUUAAAAUUGAUGACAAUCGGAGGUAUCUUACAUGAGACCCAUGAGCUCGCCAAGGAUAUCCUCAGGGAGGAUGAGGUGCGUUUCCAUAAUGCCACCUUGGAGCCGAGCAAUGACCUGGAUGCACUUCUUGCCAAGUUCCGUGAGAACAGCGUGGAAAUCGACACUCGAGGUUACGGAAUCUCUCUUAAUGGUUCGAGUAUGUGUCGAGGAGGAAUCACAUUGAAGGUGAUUGCAGAGAGACUAAAUGCACAUUCUGGCGACCCAACAGCGAACCAACUUCUCACCAGACUACUCAACGAUGCAUCCAAGCCAUACCUUCAAAUGUUAUCGCGGUGGAUUUACCAGGGUGUAAUUCUGGAUCCUUACGGAGAGUUCUGCAUCCAAGAGAACGGAGACCUUGCUACUGGAAACGAGGGUGCAUACGAUGAGUACUGGGAACAACGGUACUCUGUGCGCAAGGACGAGUUACCCCUACUCUUGUCCCAAUCGAAUCUCCUCGAGAAGGUCCUUUUGGCUGGCAAGUAUCUCAACAUUGUGCGUGAGUGUGGAGGAGGAGACACCUCGAAGGACGCAGCUGUUAACUGGGAGUCCAUCCAAGACCCGGCGUUAGUGCCCAGCAUUGCAUCUGCCAGUGAUGAGUCCAACAGAGCCCUAUUAUCCCUUCUGCUCUCAUCUCAUAACCUGUUCGACCGUCUUGCAUCUUUGAAGCAUUAUUUCUUUCUGGACCGUGCUGAUUACUACAUCAACUUCCAGGACAUUGCCUGGACUGAGCUUGCUCGCCCGGCUAGCCAGUCCUCUGUGACAAAGUUGCAGUACCUUCUGGAUCUAUGUCUACGGCAGCCUGGUUCAAUCACUAGCACUGACCAAUACAAGGACGACGUGGUUGCUUCCCUGGCACCAACAACAGUCUGGGACUAUCUUUUGCAGAUUGUGUGUGCCACUGAUCCCAACGAAUCUGGCUGGGAAAGCGACUCUAGAAAGAUGUCCAUGGAUGACAUGCCUGUUUCGUGUGCUUUUCAGCUAGACUUCAAGGUCCCCUUCCCUCUCUCUCUCGUCAUCUCCAGACGUGCUCUGAUUCGAUAUCAGAUACUCUUUCGUCAUCUUGCCGAGCUGAAGAACCUUGAGCGACUCCUCAGUAUCGUGUGGCUUGAAAUGGCCAAAUCUCGACACUGGCGCUACCCUACGAGCGACGAGAGACUCCACAAGUGGAAGGCUUUUUCAAACAUUCUUCGAAUCAAGAUGGUGGAGUUUGUGAAACAACUUCUCUACCAUUGCACUGCUGAGGUCAUCGAGCCCAACUGGAAGCGACUACAGGAGAAGUUCAAGUCUGCUUCAAAUGUGGAUGAACUCAUUGCUGACCACAUCACCUUCUUGGACACUUGCCUGAAGGAGUGCAUGCUUACUAACGAAAAGCUCAUCCGGGUGCAGCAGAAGAUCUUCGGGUACAUCCGGUUCUUCGUGAACACCAUUCAGGCUCGAAGUCACUUCCUUGAGAUCGUAGACCCGUCUCAUUUGUCCGAUUUCGAACGAAGCCGACUGCAACCUGUGUAUGAUAGAAACGGAGCCACUAUCCCCAACGACACGCUGGUAGAGCGGAUGAAUAGACUUGUCAAAACCACAGACACCAACUUCAGCCAUAGCUGCAAGGUGUUCAAAGAUGCCUUGGAGUUCUUCGCAGCAACUGAAAGCACAUCUCUGUUGGCCCUCAGUGCUCGUCUGAGUUGA